GCGCCCCUGACCGCUCACGGAGCUGGUCUCUCUGUACAAGAAGUGGCUGUUCUCAGGGGUCAGGCCUUCGUGAUUAAGCCAUGUCCAAGGUCCAGAAAACCUUCGUAUUGGAGGAAGACGAGGAGGAGGAGGAGGAAGAUGCCUCGAACAGCUGCGGAACAGUUGAUGAUGAAGAAGAGGACGGAGAGCCCAAGGUCUGCCGAGUGUGUGGGGACAGAGCCACGGGCUAUCAUUUCAACGUCAUGUCCUGUGAAGGCUGUAAGGGAUUCUUCAGGCGCACAAUUAAACGGAACUUGCGGCUCAGCUGCCCUUUCCAGAACUCAUGCGUCAUCAACAAGAAUAACCGCCGACACUGUCAGGCCUGCCGACUGAAGAAAUGCCUGGACUUCGGGAUGAAGAGGGAGCUGAUCAUGUCUGACGAGGCGGUGAGGCUCAGGCGUUCUCUCAUUAAGAAGAAGCAGAAGUUAGCGCAGUCACCAGCCUCGUCUCCCCUCACCAGCCUGACAGAGGAGCAGCAGACAGUGGUGGAACAUCUCAGAGAAGCGCACAAAAAAACCUUUGACUACAGCUUCACAUACUUCAGGAACUUCCGGCCAAUCAGGCGGCAUCCGGAACCAGCAGACCUCAACCACGAGACCUGUUCCAGCAUCUACCUGAUGUUACCUCAUAUGUCUGACCUCUUGACCUACAUGAUCAAGGGCAUCAUCAAUUUUGCCAAAAUAAUUCCCUAUUUCAGGGAUCUGAGCAUCGAGGACCAGAUCGCUCUGCUGAAAGGCAGCGCCUUAGAGCUGUGUCUGAUCCGCUUCAACACCGUGUUCGACUGCGAGACGCGCACCUGGGCGUGUGGGAAUAUCACCUAUAAUGUGGACGAUAUCGCCAUGGCCGGAUUCCAUCAGCUGUUUCUGGAGCCGUUGAUUCGAUUUCAUUGUAUGCUGAAGAAGCUGAAGCUGCAUACGGAGGAGUGCGCCCUGAUGCAGACCAUCGCUCUCUUCUCAGCAGACCGGCCAGGGGUCUGUGACCAUAAGACCAUCGACAGAAUCCAGGAGCAUUUUGCAUUAAUUCUGAAGUCUUACGUAGAGAGUCAGCGAACGCCGUCUGAGAGCAGGUUCCUUUUUGCAAAGAUCAUGGAAUGUUUGACGGAGCUACGUAGCAUGAAUGACGAGCACAGCAAGCAGCUGCUGCAGAUCUGGGACGUCCAGCCGGACUACACCCCCCUGAUGCGGGAGGUCUUCAGCAGCCUGCCCGAGUGACGCCUCUGCCGCACAAGUCACGUCCGCUGUUCUGCCCUCCAGCCUCGGGCGUGUCCGUCUGUCCACUCAGGGAGCGUUACGCUGGGCGUAUGAAAGUACAGUUCCCCUCACCAGAUGUGUGGGGUGACCGUGACGGCAACACUACAGGUUCUGAUUGAUGGAUGUCGUCCGAGGUCAGGUUCUGGAGCAGGAUGUUUACUGACAUUACACAAUUCCAGGUUUAAUUAAUGUCUUACACUACAGAUCUCAGGGCCGUCCUAUAUCAGGGAAGCACAGGAUCCACCACUGUCUGGAUCUACGUGGAUUCCAUCCUUGUCUCUCACUGGUCUCCCCUGUGCCCCAGCAACGUGACAAUCACACAGGACACCUCUUCAGGGAUCCCCAAUAAUCAGGAGUCUCAUACUGUAGCUGCGGGACACAGAGCCCCUGACCGACCACCCGUAACUGGGACCUGACACUGCGCUCCCAGUACAUGCCUGGAAACCAGAGGAGACCAGUAUCAGCAGCGUCCGUGAUGGGUGAUGAUGCUGUCACAGCAAGGAAACGGAAUACAAGGUUUAUCCUGUUAUGUAGUCCCAAAACUAAACUCUCAUCCAGAACCGUUUUCUUUAUGGAAUGCAGAUUUAUAUGUAAAAAAAUAAGCUAGAACUGAUAUGUAAGAGAAAUGCUUUCUUUUACUGGGCAGUCACGUUUCAGUCUACUCCUCGCUGUACUGCGUUAUCUGUGAAGCAUUGCUCAGCCGAGGUUAGGUCAGCAGCGGAAUACUGUUUAUGGCGUCCUGGUUCCCGCUGCGGUAAAUGCAUCGGUCGCACGAGGAAGGACGUGUCGGGAAAACGGAGUGUAUCCGUAACCGAGCAGAUGUGCCCUACGUCCACCAGUGACCUCACCUUGUUCUUCUACCUCUCUCUCUCUCAGGAAUCGGAGCUCCAGCCCAGAGACAUCCGGGGGUCAAACUCCUACUCACAGGGAAACAAACCAGCCGCUGUCAAAACCAUUUCCACUUGGUCUCUACAAUUACUUUUUCAAAUAAAUAUUGACAGUGAAGGUCUACAAGGAUAUAUAAUACUGUGUAUAGAUAUGUGUGUAUGUAUGUAUAUAUAUAUAUAUAGGUAUACACAAUGCAUCCAGAAAGUAUUCACAGCGCUUCACUUUUCCCCCAUAAUGACGAUGUGAAGGAAGUGUUUUUGAGAUUAUUGCAAAUUUAUUAAAAAUAAACUAAGAAAUCACAUGUACAUAAGUAAUCACAGCCUUUGUUCAAUACUUUGUUGAUGCACCUUUGGCAGCAAUUACAGCCUCAAGUCUUUUUGAAUAUGAUGCCACAAGCUUGGCACAUCUAUCUUUGGGCAGUUUCGCCCAUUCCUCUUUGCAGCACCUCUCAAGCUCCAUCAGGUUUGAUGGGAAGCGUCGGUGCACAGCCAUUUUCAGAUCUCUCCAGAGAUGUUCAAUUGGAUUCAAGUCUGGGCUGUGGCUGGGCCACUCAAGGACCUUCACAGAGUUGACCUGAAGCCACUCCUUUGAUAUCUAGGCUGUGUGCUUAGGGUCGUUAUCCUGCUGAAAGAUGAAGCGUCACCCCAGUCUGAAGUCAAGAGCGCUCUGGAGCAGGUUUUCAUCCAGGAUGUCUCUGUAUGUUGCUGCAUUCAUCUUUCCCUCUAUCCUGACUAUUCUCCCAGUUCCUGCCACUGAAAAACAUACCCACAGCAUGAUGCUGCCAACACCAUACUUCACUGUAGGGAUGGUAUUGGCCUGGUGAUGAGCGUUGCCUGGUUUCGUCCAAAAAUGAUGCCUGGUAUUCAUGCCAAAAAGUUCAAUCUUUGUCUCAGCAGACCAGAGAAUUUUGUUUCUCAUGGUCUGAGAGUCCUUCAGGUGCAUUUUGGCAAACUCCAGGCGGGCUGCCAUGUGCUUUUUACUAAGGAGUGGCUUCCUUCUGGCCACUCCACCAUACAGACCUGAUUGGUGGAUUGCUACAGAGAUGGUUGUCCUUCUGGAAGGUUCUCCUCUAUCUCCAGAGGAAUGCUGCAGCUCUGACAGAGUGACCAUCGAGUUCUUGGUCACCUCCCUGACCAGGGCCCUUCUCCCCGAUCGCUCAGUUCAGAUGGCUGGCCAGCUCUAGGAAGAGUCCUAGUGGUUCCGAACUUCUUCCAUUUCUGGAUGAUGGAGGCCGCUGUGCUCAUUGCAGGAGAUGUUAUGUACCCUUCCCCAGAUUUGUGCCUCGAGACAGUCCUGUCUUUGAUGUCUCUGACUUCAUGCUUGGUUUGUGCUCAGACAUGCACUGUCAAGUGUGGGACCUUAUAUAGAUAGGUGAGUGCCUUUCCAAAUCAUGUCCAAUCAACUGAACAUACCACAGGUGGACUCCAAUUAAGCUGUAGGAACAUCUCAAGGAUGAUCAGUGGAAACAGGAUGCACCUGAGCUCAAUUUUGAGCUUCAUGGCAAAGGCUGCGAAUACUUAUGUACAUGUGAUUUCUUAGUUUUUUAUUUUAUUUUAAUACAUUUGCAAAAAUCUCAAAAUAACUUUUUUCACAUUGUCGUCAUUAUAUGGGGUAUUGUGUGUAGAAUUUUGAGGGAAAAUAUGAAUUUAUUCCAUUUUGGAAUUAGGCUGUAACAUAACAAAAUGUGGAAAAAGUGAAGCGCUGUGAAUACUUUCCAGAUGCACGGUAUGUAUGUAUAUUUUGCGCAGGUGACAAUGUUGGCACUAGGGACCGCUUACGGUUACACCCUAUUGCUCCAUCAUUCCCGUAGACUUUCUCAGUCCUUUCCCUUGUUUAUACCAGUGUGAGCCCCUGUAAUGUUUUAUACAGUAGGGGGUUGUGGGGAUUCUGCCUUUAUUCCAAGUGCCAAAUCUUUAUAAUAAAUUGAUUGUAGAUGCACCUACAUUGACGCAUUACGACAUACUUGAAAUUACUCGUUUCCGCCUCCGUGCUAUAGGGUUCCCUUCAUUCCUGCCGAUAAACCUCUGGGAGGCCUAGGCCAAGUUUGGGGAGCCCAUCCUGUAUGCGCCAACCCCACCCUUCAUAGAGGAAGGUACCUGUCGUCUCGCACAUAAUUUCUCUUACGGAACGCAGCUCCCCGUAUAGUUACAUCUGUUGUCUAUGAACUGUACCGUCUCCUGCACGCUUGUGCAGAACAGGCAAGAGAACCGCUUGCAUGAAUGUGUAGCCGCCUCCUACACAGAGCAGAGGCACCAUUCUGUGCCUCAGGCCUCAGGGGUGUCACUGGUUUCUAGUGAAUGGAUAGCCUGCGUCUAAAGUGCGUCGGUGACAUGGUAACUGGGUGACAUCCCUUUCCUUAUGGGGCGCUGCACCCUGUGCGCCCGGGAGCAGGUGGCCGGAUCUGUGAAGGAACUUUGCGCAUCAAGUUUCUGGGGGGUCAUUCUGAGUUGAUCGCUCGCUUGCAGUUUUUAGCAGCCGUGCAAACGCUAUGCCGCCGCCCACUGGGGAGUGUAUUUUAGCUUAGCAGAAGUGUGAACGCUAUGCCGCCGCCCACUGGGGAGUGUAUUUUAGCUUAGCAGAAGUGUGAACGCCUGUGCAGCCGAGCUCUGCAAAAUCAGUUUGUGCAGUUACUGAGUAGCUCUGACCGUACUCAGCACUUGUGACCACUUCAGCCUAUUCGUGUCCGGAUUUGACAUCAUACACCCACCCAGCGAUUGCCCAGCCACGCCUGCGUUUUUGCAAACACUCCCUGAAAACGGUCAGUUGACACCCAGAAACGCCCCCUUCCUGUCAAUCUUUUUGCGGCCGUCAGUGCGAAGGAGAACUUCGCUAGAACCUGAGCACAACCACAAAGAGCUUUGUACCCGUACGUUGCACGUGCGCAUUGCGGGCCAGAUGCAUGUUUUUUUUUUCACCUGAUCGCUGCGAAAAUCGGCAGCAAGCGAUCAACUCGGAAUGACCCCCUCUGUUCUAUUUUGUACUGUUCCAGAUGGAGUUAACUCUCAGGAAUAUUAAUGUCACACCAUGUUACAGUGACGUUGUGAUUCUCAGCUGGAUGUGAUUGUACGUACAGUGCCUUGCUAAAGUAUUCACCCCCCUUGGCUUUAGGCUUGGCUAAGUUGAUGACGUGAAAUAAGAAAAAUUUCUAUAAAAUAUAAUUUUUAUAAAUAAAUAUUUGAAAAUUGGCAUGUGCAUAUGUAUUCACCCGCCUUUGCUAUGAAGCUCCUCAAAAGUUCUGGUGCAACCAAUUAUUCAGAAGUCACAUAAUUAGUGAAUUGAAGUCCACCUGUGUGUAAUCUUAGGGGGGAAUUCAACUGUUUGAAGUCAGUUGGGUGUCUGUUUUUUCCUAUCUAAUAGACAGGAAAAACAGACACCCAACCAACUUUUCAAACAUUUGAAUUCCCCCCUAAGUGUCAAAUGACCUGUCAGUAUUAACACACCUUUUCUGAAAGGCCCCAGAGGCUGCAACACCACUUAGCAAGAGGCAUCACACCAUGAAGACCAAGAAGCUCUCCAAACAAGUCAGGGACAAAGUUGUUGAGAAGUACAAGUGAGGAUGGGGUCAUAAAAAAAUAUCCAAAUCUUUGAUGAUCCCCCGGAGCACCAUCAAAUCCAUCAUCUUCAAGUGGACAGAACAUAGUACCACAACAAACCUGCCAAGAGAGGGCCGGCCACCAAAACUCUCAGCCUGGGCAAGGAGGGCAUUAAUCAGAGAGGCAGCACAGACACCACAGGUAACCCUGAAGGAGCUGCAGAGUUCCACAGCAGAGACUGGUGUAUCUGCGCAUGUGACCACAAUAAGCCAUACACUCCAUAGAGCUGGGCUUUAUGGAAGAGUGGCCAGAAAAAAGCCAUUACUUAGUGUUAAAAAUAAGAAGGCACGUUUUGAGUUUGCCAAAAGGCAUGUGGACGACUCCCCAAAUGUAUGGAGGAAGGUGCUCUGGUCAGAUGAGACUAAAAUUUAACUUUUCGGCCACCAAGGAAAACGCUAUGUCUGGCGCAAACCCAACACAUCCCAUCACCCCAAGAACACCAUCCCCACAGUGAAACAUGGUGGUGGCAGCAUCAUGCUGUGGGGAUGUUUUCAGCAGCAGGGACUGGGAAACUGUUUCGAGUCGAGGGAAAGAUGGAUGGUGCUAAAUACAGGGAUAUUCUUGAGCAAAACCUGUGUCAGUCUGCCUGUGAUUUAAGACUGGGACGGAGGCUCACCUUCCAGCAGGACAAUGACCCGAAGCAUACUGCUAAAGCAACACUCCAGUGGAUUAAGGGGAAAUAUUUAAAUGUGUUGGAAUGGCCUAGUCAAAGCCCAGAUCUCAAUCCAAUGAGAAUCUGUGGUCAGACUUGAAGAUUGCUGUUCACAAGCGGAAACCAACCAACAUGAAGGAGCUGGAGCAGUUUUGCCUUGAGGAAUGGGUAAAAAUCCCAGUGGCAAGAUGUGGCAAGCUCAUAGAGACGUAUCCAAAGCGACUUGCAGCUGUAAUUGCCACAAAAGGUGGCUCCACAGUGUACUGACUUUAGGGAGGUGAAUAGUUAUGCACGCUGAAGUUUUCUGUUAUUUUAUCCUAUUUGUUGUUUGCUUCACAAUAAAAUAAAAACAUCUUCAAAGUUGUAGCCGUGUUCUGUGAAUGACAUGAUGCAAACCUUCAAACAAUCCAUUGUAAUUCCAGGUUGUGAGGCAACAAAACAUGAAAAAUGCAAAGGGGGGGUGAAUACUUUAGCAAGGCACUGUACGUUUGUGUGUGUUAUAUAGAGGUGAGUGCACCUGUGUGUUGUGUUAUCCUCAGUGGUGUUAUAUAUAGAGACUGUGGAGGAAGCCCUGGUGGUUGUGUAUUGUGACUUGUUAUAUUGUGAUACUGUUAAGGUGACUUUCUAAGUUGCAGAGUCCCCUCCGCGACGGACGCAGACCGUGAGGUUAGAGCGCGGUAAUCCUGGGGCGGAAGCCGUUUUGGUGGAUGGAAGCGCCUGUUUGUGUUUUGUGUAUUGCUGCUGUGUUGUAUGAAGUCCCCCAUCUGAGUGCGUCGUGCGGCCCUAGAUGUGAUAUAUAUUACAGAUAUAUCUGUGUUUAGGUGACUCUGAGAACGGCUGCAGCCAUUAGGGAGAUAGGAGCUCAGAAACUACAAUAAAAAGCUGAUUUGUUACAAUAAUCCUCCUAUUUUCUUUAGUAGAACCGAGCAGGCGGGCAGGUCUCCCCCAAGCCGGCGCAGUCAGCCGCGCCGUAGAAAGGCCCCGUCCAUGGCGUGCGAGACCCUCAUUUUCGAUUUCAUUUUAUGCUGUAUUUUUGCAUUUGUUUUUUUAAACAGAAUAUUUCUGCUUUUUUUAUUUUCUUGAUACUGAGUUUUUAUCAGAUCGAAGCUGUGAAAAUAAACGUGUUGAUGCUUCUGUGUAUUGGAUUCCGUGCUUUAUGUAUCCAU